AUGGUUUACCCCGCCCCCUUAAGAGGAGAGAUUAUAGGUGUGGACCUAUCAUACCAGUCUCGCCUUCGAGACUUCUUGAAUCGAUUCAAGUGGAUGAUCGAGUUUUCCAGUGAAGUUAGCAGAUUGCGAAGUUCAGAUCUGAUCACAAUGUCUACAUCAAGGCCAAAUGAUCAAUCUUCCACCAAUUCCGCAAGAUCAAAACACAGUGCAAGAAUCAUUCAUCAAACAACAGUAGACGCGAAGCUCCACGCAGAUUUUGAAGAAUCCGGCGACUCAUUUGACUACUCAACUUCCAUCCACGUCACCAGCACGGUGGCCGGCGGCGAACAGCCUCGCUCCGACAAGGUAACCACCGCGUAUCUCCACCACAUUCAAAAGGGCAAACUAAUUCAACCUUUCGGAUGCUUAUUAGCCCUUGAUGAAAAAACAUUCAAAGUCAUCGCCUACAGUGAAAACGCACCCGAAAUGCUCACAAUGGUCAGCCAUGCAGUUCCCAGUGUCGGUGAAAAUCCACUUCUUGGAAUCGGCACCGAUGUCAGAACCAUUUUCGCAGGUCCCAGUGCUAAUGCUUUAUAUAAGGCGUUAGGAUUCGGGGAAGUUUCAUUACUAAAUCCGAUUUUGGUUCAUUGUAAAACCUCCGGGAAGCCGUUUUAUGCAAUCAUUCAUCGAGUCACCGGAAGUUUGAUCAUAGACUUUGAACCCGUUAUGCCUAAUGAAGUCCCCAUGACUGCUGCUGGGGCCCUCCAAUCCUACAAACACGCAGCGAAAGCCAUUGCUAGGUUACAAUCACUCCCUAGUGGUAGCAUCGAACGACUAUGUGACACCAUGGUUCAAGAAGUUUUUGAGCUCACGGGUUAUGAUCGGGUGAUGGCUUAUAAGUUUCACGACGAUGAUCAUGGUGAGGUGGUGGCGGAGAUUACAAAACCAGGGCUCGAUCCUUACCUUGGGUUACAUUAUCCGGCGACUGACAUCCCUCAAGCUGCAAGAUUCUUGUUCAUGAAGAACAAAGUUCGAAUGAUUUGUGAUUGUAGAGCGAAACACGUGAAAGUACUCCAAGAUAAGAAGUUACCUUUCGAUUUGACGUUAUGUGGGUCCACACUCCGGGCCCCACAUAGUUGCCAUUUACAGUAUAUGGACAACAUGACGUCCAUAGCUUCUUUAGUAAUGGCGGUGGUUAUAAAUGACAUGAACGAUGAAAUCGAUAGCCCCGAUCCUCAAAAAAGAAAGAAGUUAUGGGGAUUAGUUGUUUGCCAUAACACCACUCCAAGAUUCGUCCCUUUUCCACUACGUUACGCGUGUAUUGUUGCACAAAGUCCAAACAUUAUGGAUCUUGUGAAAUGUGAUGGAGCAGCUCUUUUGUACAAGAAUAAAGUAUACCGAAUGGGUGUUAGCCCAACUGAAUCUCAAGUUUUUGAUAUUGUUUCUUGGCUCUAUGAAUAUCACAUGGAUUCAACCGGAUUGAGCACCGAUAGUUUAUAUGAUGCGGGGUAUCCGGGAGCUCUUGCUCUUGGUGACAUAGUUUGUGGAAUGGCAUCCGUGAGAAUAACCGAAAAAGAUAUUCUUUUUUGGUUUAGAUCGAAUACGGCUUCUGAAAUUAGAUGGGGUGGAGCGAAACACGAGAAGGGUGAGAAAGAUGAUGGGAAAAGAAUGCAUCCUCGGUCAUCUUUUAAGGCUUUUUUGGAAGUUGUGAAAACAAGGAGUUAUCCAUGGAAAGAUUUUGAGAUGGAUGCGAUCCAUUCGUUGCAACUUAUUAUGAGGAAUGCUUUGAAAGAGAAUGAAGUUGCGGAUUUGAAAACGAACGUGAUUCAAAGUGGUUUCAAUGAGCUUAAACUUGAUGGGAUGCAAGAAUUAGAAGCGGUUACUAGUGAGAUGGUGAGGUUGAUUGAAACCGCUUCGGUGCCGAUUCUUGCGGUUGAUGUUGACGGUUUGAUUAAUGGGUGGAAUACGAAAAUAGCUGAGUUGACCGGGUUGCCUGUGGAGAAAGCUAUUGGGACUCAUUUGUUAACACUUGUUGAAGAAUCUUCGGUUAAAACGGUGCAAAAGAUGCUGAAUCUUGCGUUGGAAGGAAAAGAAGAAACCAGUGUCGAAUUCGAAAUCAAAACACACGAAUCCAAGAAAGAAUCCGGACCAAUCACACUUGUAGUCAACGCAUGUGCAAGCCGAGACAUACACGAAAGUGUUGUAGGCGUAUGUUGUAUUGCACAAGAUAUAACUCACCAAAAAACCAUAAUGGACAAAUUCACUCGAAUAGAAGGAGAUUACAAAGCCAUUGUGCACAACCCAAAUCCACUAAUUCCACCAAUCUUUGGAACCGAUGAAUUCGGUUGGUGUUCUGAGUGGAAUCAAGCCAUGACCGAGUUAUCCGGGAUUUCAAGAGGAGAAGUCAUUGACAAAAUGCUUCUUGGUGAAGUUUUCGGGACCCAAUCAGCAUGUUGUCGUGUUAGUAACCAAGAUGCAUUCAUCAACCUCAGCAUUGUUCUUAACAAAGCAAUGACAAGUCAAGAAUCCGAAAAGAUUUCAUUUGGGUUUUUUGCUAAAAGUGGGAAGUAUGUAGAUUGUGUGUUAUGUGUGAGUAAAAGGGUGGAUAAUGAGGGUACAGUUACUGGGCUUUUCUGCUUCUUGCAACUUGCAAGUAGAGACCUUCAACAAGCUCUUCAUUUUCAGAGAAUGUCGGAGAAAAUUGCAGCUAAAAGACUUAAAGCUUUAGCUUAUAUAAGAAGACAGAUUAAAAAUCCGCUUUCUGGGAUUAUACAUUCGAGGAAAAUGAUGGAGGAUACUGAGCUUGGAGAUGAGCAAAGGGAGCUUCUUCACACUAGUGCUUUGUGUCAGAAACAACUUAAUAAAGUACUUGAUGACACUGAUCUUGAUAGCAUUGUUGAUGGUUAUUUGGACCUUGAAAUGACCGAGUUUACUCUCCAGCAAAUCUUGGGUGCGUGUACAAGUCAAGUAAUGACAAAGAGCAAUGUGAUGGGUAUUCAAGUAGUGAACAAUGUACCUGAGGAAAUGUUGUCGGAAAAACUUUUUGGUGAUAGUGUGAGACUUCAACAAGUUCUUGCAGAUUUCAUGUCACUAUCGGUUUCUUGUACGCCAGCUGGCGGCCUCCUGUUUAUUUGGGCCAAAUUAGCUAAAGAUCAUUUGGCAAAAUCCGUCCAGCUUGUCAAUUUAGAACUCAGGAUAACACAUACGGGAGGUGGGGUCCCUGAGGAGUUGUUAAGGCAGAUGUUUGGAACAAGUGUAGAUGCAACUGAAGAGGGAAUAAGUUUGGUGAUUAGCAGAAACCUGUUGAAGCUCAUGAGUGGAGAUGUGCAGUACCUGCGGGAGGCAACAAAGUCGACUUUCAUCAUUUCUGUUGAACUUGCGGCUGCGGGGACCAAGAAGCUAUCUAAAGCGCCAACACUACUCCGCAAACUCCGUUACAACCUCCGCCGUUGCUCGGUUUCCGUCACCACCAUCUGUCGUCGCUAUGAUGAUGGCAUCGCCGAUUUUGAUUUGAAAGGCUUUUGA